AGCUCAAUUGUUCACAAUAAUCGUGUUGGGUGGUCUGCUUCUGGGUGGUUUUCUGCUUUUCAGAAAGUUUAAAGGAUCAUUCAAUAUGAGUGAUAUGAUGUCAAAUAUGACAAAAGGAAAAUUCACAAUUAUCGAUCCACACAGUGUUGAAGGCAAAAAACAGCUGAAAAUUAAGUUUAAAGAUGUGGCGGGAUGCAGUGAGGCGAAAGUGGAAAUUCGAGAAUUUGUCGAUUAUUUGAAGAAUCCCGGACGAUUUACGGUGGCUCCGGUGAAGAAGAACAAACACUCAAUCAGUUGCUCGUCGAAAUGGACAGAAUGGGUUCGGGGAACGGAGCUGUUGUUGUGCUCGCUUCCACAAAUCGAGCCGAUGUCCUUGAUAAGGCUCUCCUGAGACCCGGACGCUUCGAUCGACACAUUUCAAUCGAUUUACCGACGGUUUUGGAGCGAAAAGACAUGUUCGAGUUGUAUAUGAGAAAGAUUAAGCUUGAUCAUGCUCCGCAGGAGUAUUCUCAACGUCUGGCAGUUCUGACACCCAGCUUCACAGGUGCCGACAUUAUGAACGUAUGCAACGAAUCGGCAAUCCGCGCGGCGUCCAAUAAAUGUCACGUGGUCACUAUUAAAGAUAUGGAAUACGCGUUGGAUCGAGUUUUGGCGGGCUCCGAGAAGCGGAGUAGAUCACUUGUUGAAGAAGAACGAGAAGUCGUCGCAUAUCAUGAAGCUGGGCAUGCGCUGGUUGGAUGGAUGUUGGAGCAUACUGAUGCUCUGUUGAAGGUGC